AUGUACAAGGACGUCCAUACCUAUGGAGAGAAGGAGUCUCCGCCCCUUUCGGGAGAGGACAAGUUGAACGAGAAGGUUGAUGCCGCCGUUGUGGAAGUGGGCCAUCCCAGCACUCCUGACCAUGAGGCCCUCAACUCGGCGGCCAAGCACAUGCACCUGGACAUGACCCAGGCGGACAUUGAUGUUGCGGAGGAGAGGCUGAGCGCCAUGACUCUUGAGCGCACCCGGCACAUCAUGCAACAGUUCCUCGACCUUCACGAGCAUGACCAGAACGUCAGCUCUGACACCAUUGCCGACAUUCGCAUGUUCCUUCAGGACCCCGAUGUUAUCGCCCACCCCGACAAGCACAGCGAGCUCGUCAAUGCCAUGAAGAUGGAGGCGCUUAUUGCGACCGAGAACUCGCCCUACGCCGAGGUUCGCGCCGUUGUGGACCCCGUCGACGACCCAAGCGAGCCUUCUCUCACCAUCCGAGUGUGGGUCGUUGGUAUCAUCUUCUCGGGAGCCGGUGCUUUUGUGAACGAGCUCUUCUCGAUCCGUCAGCCCAGUGUCACCAUCACGUCCAACGUUGCCCAGCUCCUUGCCUUCCCUGCCAUGAAGUUCCUUGAGCGUGUCCUGCCGGACAAGGGCUUCAAGCUUUUCGGCACUUACCACUCGCUCAACCCUGGUAAAUUCUCGCGCAAGGAGCACAUGCUCAUCACGAUCAUGGCCAACACUGCCUUUGCGACCCCCUACACUGCCUACGUCAUUAUGACCCAGGCACUUCCCAUCUUCUUCAACCAGUCAUACUCUCGCAACUACGGCUACCAGCUCCUCAACACUCUGUCGACAAACUUUAUUGGAUAUGGUCUGGCUGGUCUUACCCGUCGUUUCAUCGUGUGGCCUAGCUACUGCGUGUGGCCGCUGUCCCUUUCCACCAUGGCCCUCAACAAGGCCUUCCACGCCGACAACCACUCUUCGGUGCCAGGUCCCUUCAAGAAGCUCUACUCGAUCAGCCGUCUCCGCUUCUUCAUGUACACUCUGAUAGGAGUGUUUGUGUACUUUUGGUUCCCGAAUUUCAUCUUCCAGGCCACGUCAACGUUCAACUGGAUGUCGUGGAUUGCGCCCGACAACGGACCUCUCAACAACAUUGUGGGUUCCGUCAACGGCCUCGGUGUCAACCCAUGGCCCACGUUCGACUGGAACACUGCCACUGUUGGCGGUCAGCCUUGGGUCACUCCCCUGUUCACUGUUGUCAACCUCUACAUCGGUGCCAUCAUGGCCAUGUUCAUGAUCAUCGGCUUCUACUGGAACAACGUCUUCGACACCUCUUACCUCCCUAUCAACUCCAACCGCGUGUUCGACAGGUACGGCACCCGUUACAACGUGUCCCGAAUCCUGGACGAGCGUGGCGUGUUCGUUGAGGAGGCGUACCAGCAGUACUCGGAGCCCUACAUGGCCGCCGGUAACAUUACCAUCUACUUCUGGUUCUUCGCCGCCUAUUCGUCCACCGUCUGCUACGUGAUCCUGUAUCACCGUCGUGAAAUCGUGCACGGCUUCAAGUCGCUCUGGCGUGACGUCAAGAAGACUGUUCGCAGCUGGCGUAACAAGGGCUCAGCCGAGGAGAACGCCGAGCUUGAGGACACCGACGACCUCGGAGCAGACAUCCACCUUCGCCUCAUGAGGCGCUACAAGGAGGUUCCCGAGUGGUGGUACUUGACCUGCCUUGUUCUGUCGAUCGCCUUUGGUGUUGCCGGUCUGGCAGGGUUCCCUACUGGUGUCAGCCCCGGUAUCGUCUUCUACGGUCUCCUGCUUGCCGCCAUCUUCCUUAUUCCUCUCGGAAUCAUUGGUGCCGUCACGGGUAACGCCAUCACUCUCAACGUCCUGGCUCAGUUUAUUGGUGGUUCCAUUGUCGAGGGUAACGCCAUCUCCUUGAAUUACUUCAAGACCUACGGCUACAUCACUACGGCCCACGCUCUCAACUUUGCCAACGACCUCAAGAUCGGUCACUACACCAAGAUCCCACCCAGGCACACCUUCAUUGCUCAGAUGGUCGCCACGCUAGUGUCUUCCGUUGUCUGCUCAGCCAUCUUCAACUUCCAGAUGGGACUCAAGGACGUUUGUACUUCGAAUGCCGCUUUCCGCAUGACUUGCCCUGGCCGUGAGUUCAUCCCACUGGGACCCCACAUUUUGUUUCUGACCCUCUUUCCAGAGAACACAUUCUUCACUGCGGCAGUCUUCUGGGGUUCCAUCGGUCCUCGCAAGGUCUUUGGCUCGGGUGGUCGUUACACCCUCAUCCUUCUUGGGUUCCCAGUCGGCGUUGCGCUUGUGGCCAUCUGCUGGGGUCUUCAGAAGUUCUUCCCUCGCGUCAAGAUCUUCCGUUACCUUCACCCUGCUCUUAUCUGCACUGGAGGUGUUACCGCCUGGGCUCCUUACAACCUGUCCUACAUGACCCCUCUGCUCUACCUGUCUCUCGCAUCGUGGGCGUGGAUCAAGCCUCGCUACCUCGACUGGUGGUCCAAGUACAACUACAUUGCCAACGCCGCCUUCUCUGCCGGUAUCGCCAUCUCGGCCGUCAUCAUCUUCUUCACCAUGAACAUCCCCAAGCUCGAGAUCAGCUGGUGGGGCAACGAGGUCAUGUACCAGGGCUGCGAGGGCGCAGCCUGUCGCCGACUUCCUCUUCCAGAGUCCGGAUACUUUGGGAAAGAAUUGGGAACGUUCAACUAA